UCCGUACACCAAACUCGCCCCCACCCGGCAGCGCUCCUACCUCCGCGCCUCUGGGCCCGAGUCCCGCUCAGUAGACUUGUGGCUGUCGCUACUGUCGCGCACGCUACCUUUCUCCCACCGACGCUCACGGAAAUCUUUCUAAGAUGCCGAUGAAGCUGCUGGAGACGAGCGCCAACUCCAAGGCGAGGAUCUACAAGGAGUUCAACAUGACGCCGCGUGGGAUCAGCAGAGACGUCGCAGCACUCAAAGAGUGGCUGGCCAAGCAACCGCACCUCCCCAUCAUCAGGGGUGAGCACGUUGAUCAAUGGCUGGAGAACUACCUCAUCAGCAAUAAGAACAGCCUGGAGAGGGCCAAGGAAGGACUGGACUGUUACUUCAGUGUCAGAGUCCUUGUUCCUGAAGUCUUCACCAUGAGAGAUCCUCUCCUGGAGGCGGUGCAGAAGAGCUUCGAGGUCAUGGGUGUGAUAAUUCUGCCCAAACUGACUCCUGAAGGCCGGAGAGUGAUAAUGUUCUCCCAUCUGACACCGAGUGCAGAGGACUUCGACGCCACAGUGAUGCUGAAGCGGAUCUCCAUGAUGAUGGACCUGAUGCUGCAAGAGGGAGUGGACUACGUGGGCAUCGACGUGGUCGUGGACAGUAAGCACGUGGUCUUCAGCCACCUGGCUCGCUACAACUUGAGCAUCCUCAGGAAGACUUUCGACCUCGGCUGGAAGGGGUAUCCUCAGCGAGUCAACAAAAUCCACGUAGUCAACCCUUGGGCUAUGGUGGAGACUGGAAUCGCUCUAUUCAAGCCUCUGUUGACAAGUAAACUUCAGAACAGAAUAAUGGUGCACAGGAACGUUAAGGACCUUCACAGACAUAUCCCUAAGCACGUUCUACCAGAGGAUCUGGGAGGGGACGAACUCUCAGUGUGGGAAUUGAACAGCCUUUGGCGGGAGAAGAUGGAGGAGUACCGGGACUGGUUCCUAAGCAACGAGAAGAUCAAGACGGACGAGGCCAAGAGGGUGGGAAAGUGCAGCUUCGAGUCCGUUACGGAAUCGGCCUUCGGCAACUCCGGGAGUUUCAGAAAGAUAGAAGUCGAUUAAUCAUUAGCCACUUAUGUAGAAUCGAAAACUGUCGGUGGUCGGUAAUCGACUGUUUAGGUCGAUGGUUCUUCCCUCAUAUGGUUGAUAAUGGGAUAUACACUUCUUCUUUGAGUUAGUGCUCUCUUCUUUAUAUUGUGAGCUAAAUUCUGUCACUUCAUAGAUAGAAUGUAACUGGAUUUGAAAUGAAAUGAAAUAUAUGAAAUAUAUUUUAAUAUUUAUAUAGCAAAAUGUACACGGUUUGGUUUUGUUAUGACAUAUCUUAAAGAAAGUACAUAAUAUUGAACUCUCUGUGACAAUAUGGACACUGUUCGUAAUUAGUUGUUGAGUAAUAAUCAUGGUGAACUGAAAUGUUAAAUAUAACAAUGUUAAAAAUAAUAAAUAUAUAAUAAAAACUGAGAGGCACACCGAAAUACACAAUAAAGUGAUAAGUAGAGAAACAUGGAACUCUAAUAGCUCUCUAGAACUACCGGCAGUUUUCGCUUCCUCCUGCCACUCCCCCCUACCCCCUCACCCAACUUUGUAUAUAUGUAUUUAUCCCACACUCCUGUAGAGAUUGUUGAGCGAUUUGUCUGUAAAUAAUUGUUAGUUUUGUUGUCUGAAGAUACGUCCAUUUCAUCACUGAUUGUAAUUUAUUAUACGCUUUGUUAUGUAGAAUUAGUACAAUCUAUUGUAAGAUUUUAAUAAAUGACAGUUCUUAACAA